AGUCUCAGGGGCGUGCAGGUGCAGGGUAGCGACGGCAGGACUCUAAGAGUGAGUCUCUUUCCUCCCCGUUUCCCCGUCCUACUUUCACUCUAAGCAUUUAGUUCCCAGGGGACAGAGACGACUUCUUCAUUAGAAGACCCCGGGGGGGUCCCCAGCCCGGAAGGGCUCACAGUUGGAGCUCAAACAUUUGCCACUGUUCAGGCUCAUCUUUCUUUCCCCAGUGAAAAAUGGCCUAGGUUGGGAAGGGCAGGUUCCUGUCUACUGCGUGAUCCAACCGAUUCUGGUUCGCCCAAUGUCUGGACUUGUCCUUUGCCAAGAAUAAGCAGAUGAGAUGGGCGGAUGAACCCCAAUGUCCCUGCAAGAUUCAGGAAGUCCCAGCCAGAAAGUAAAGGACGUUUAGUUCCAUGUAUUGUUUUCUUUUUUACAUGCGGGGCAACACACCUGGACAGUGUCGAUGGCUUGCUCCAAGCCACACGGCCGCAUAGGGACAGGGACCGGGCUACAUAACAAGUUCUUCGACGCUGUGAUCUAAUCAAGGAAAACCUGGGACGCAGCUACUAGAUGCGCAUCGAGUGUAUCGACGCUCUACUUACGAGGACUGGAACAGUGAGCAGGAUCAGUCCAUUGCUUUUGCCUACCUGCUGAGCGCUGAUUGGUCCCUGUUAAGGAAACGGAAAAAGGGGCGUGCACGCGGGCGCGGCGGCGUGAGAGGCGCGCGGCGGCGCGGUUAACAGUCUCCUUCCACAAGACCAUGGCGUCGCUCAAAUGUAGCACCGUCGUCUGCGUGAUCUGCUUGGAGAAGCCCAAAUACCGCUGUCCAGCCUGCCGCGUGCCCUACUGCUCGGUAGCCUGCUUCCGGAAGCACAAAGAACAGUGCAACCCUGAAACUCGUCCUGUUGAGAAAAAAAUAAGAUCAGCUCUUCCUACCAAAACCGUAAAGCCUGUGGAAAACAAAGAUGAUGAUGACUCUAUAGCUGAUUUUCUCAAUAGCGAUGAGGAAGAAGACAGAGUUUCUUUGCAGAAUUUAAAGAAUUUAGAUGGACUCUUGUCCUGUCACCCAGGCUGGAGUGCAGCGGCGCAAUCUCGGCUCACUGCAACCUCUCCCUCCCAGAUUCAAGCAAUUCUCGUGCCUCAGCCUCCCGAGCAGCUGGGACUACAGGCACCUGCCACUACGCCCAACCAAUUUUUGUAUUUUUAGUAGAGAUGGGGUUUCGCCAUGUUGGCCAGGCUGGUCUUGAACUCCUGACCUCAGGUGAUACACCCGCCUCGACUUCCCAAAGUGCUGGGAUUAUAGGCGUGAGCCACCGCUCCAGGCCUUAAGCUAAACUUUCAUCACCUCCUGCUCCGGACUCAUCUAAAGCCUUGGUUCUCACAGUGUGGUUCAUGGAGCAUCAGAAUCAGCUGGGAGCUUGCUAGAAACGCAGCAUUGCAUUUGGAAAUGGGACUAGAAGAUUUAGAGAUGCUGAAAUAAUUAGAAGCAGUUUUUAAAAAGAUAAAGGGCUCUGGAAGAUUCCCAGUUAUAACAAAAUAAAUAAUCCAAACCUGCAGCUGAUUGGGACAUGCAGCCCUCUGGUUUACCCAGUAGGGUUAGGGAUGGAUCUUGUCCCAGCCUCAGUCUCAUUCCCGCUGUGAACUUGUAGGCUUUGCUCCUACUGUUCUCAGGAACAAAGCUGUCAUGGCCAUCACACACAACGUACCUGAGGCAGCGCUCGGAUGGACGUGACACCAGCCUGGUCUUGUGCUGUCUGGACAGUGUAGCUACUGGGGCUGCCCCUGGGGAGCUGGAGGCAAGCCCAGACCACUAAUUUCCUCUGAAAGCUGCCUACACCCAUAGCCGUAUUGGCCAGGACCAGUCCCAGGGGCCAGAGGCGGAUUAUUGCCUCCAGGAGCCUGGUCUGCAGCGGCGAGGUGCUCAGGGAACAGGGAACUUGAGAGAAGUGUUUUUCUUCCACACCAUCCAGCUCUUUAGCAGCAAGGCAGGCCAUUCUGAUCUUAAAAAGCAAAUAUCCCUUUAUAGCUUUAGAUUUAUCUAGCCCUCUUAGCAGAAAAUGGAAAUCAAAACUAUCUUUAACAAAUCAUCUUAACAAGGUGAACCGAAGGCACCUGGUUGCAAACAGCUGGCUGCCCUGAACCAAACUGGUUCCAUAUGGCACAAGUCUAUACACCCCAGGCAACUGUGCUUAGGCCUUACAUAUGCUACUUGAAAACAAGGUAAGAGUCCAUCAAGAUAUAACUGAUAUGCCAUAAAACCCAGUCUUCUAAAGUGUACAUCCCAGAGUUUGGUAUAUUCCCAGAGUUGCUUAUACCACUCUUCACCUACAUAACCACCCUGCAGGGUAGGUGUUACUGUGCCCACUGCAUACACGAGGAAUAUGAGGCUCACAGAGGCUGAACAACCUGCCCAAGGCCACCUGCAUUGCAGUGGCAGAGCCAGCAUUCCCACUUGGGUCCAUCUGGUCCCCAAAAUUGAUCCACUGCCCACCCCGACUUCUUGGGUCUUACUUACUCUCCACUUCUGCCAUGCACGCUUGAUGACUGUGGCAGCUGCAUGCAGCCUCUGGAUGUGUUUCCGAGUUAACCAGGAACGAAUGGCUAAGAGGUUUGCCCAGAAACAGGAAAGAGAUAAUAAAGGGGCCAUUAGAGCUGUCAGUGACCUGGCUGCAGCAGCACGACAGUUGCUGUCAAAGUUUCAAAUACGUUUUUUUUUUCAAUAAAUUGCUACAAAUAAGGUUCUAAAAUCAAUACAUAAGGCAAAAUUGGCUUUUAAACAUUCCUUACACUGCCCACACACUUGAAUACACCUACACAACACAGUGAAGGGGCACUGGGGAGAAGGACUGGCUGAGGGCCCAGCAGUCACUUCCCGUCUCAGGCUGGGUCCAGGUCAGCACCCAGGGAAUGGGAGGGGUCUGGAUUGUCUGUGCCUUUAAAAACUUUUUUUUUUGUUUUGUUUUGUUUUUAAUCCUCAGUUGAAUUUGUUCGCUUUAUGCAUCCCUGAUCUCACAUCACCAUAUACCCAAACACUGAUACAAUUAAUAGAUGAUGGUAAUUUUUAUUCCCUUCUCUACAAUUUCAGCAUAUUCUUUUUCUUUCGUGUUUUUUUUUUUUUUUUUUUUUUUGAGACAGGGUCUUGCCCAGGCUGGAGUGCAGUGGCACGAACAGCUUAUUGUAGCCUCCGUAAGGCUGUAGCUUCAAUCUCCCAGGCUCAAGCAAUCCUCUUGCCUCAGCCUCUGGAGUAACUGGGACUGGCAUGCGCCACCAGGCACGGUUAAUUAAGUUUUUUUUGUUUUUGUUUUUGAGACAGAGUCUUGCUCUGUCAC